AUGUCUCAUGAUGCUUUCCCCUGGGAUCUCGGCGUCUACGAUGCCCAUUGUCACCCCACCGACACCAUGGCCGUCGUGGCUAGCAUCCCCGCCAUGAAAACCACGACGUUGACCGUCAUGGCGACGCGUGGGGAAGACCAAGAGCUCGUGCAACAGACAGCGCAGUCACUUAAUGGAAGCAACGAAGCUCAACGGGUAUUGCCCUGCUUCGGGUGGCAUCCGUGGUUCUCUCACCAGAUCGUGGACGACACACAACCAGGCCCGCAGCAAAAGGAAGCCCAUUACGCUUCCGUUCUCACGCCAUCACCCGAGGAUCCGGAGUUCAUGAACCUCCUUCCAACACCAAAACCACUUUCAUCUCUAAUAUCAGAAACUAGAGACCGUCUGCGAAUGUUUCCCAAUGCCCUCGUAGGUGAAAUCGGCCUGGACAAGUCAUUCCGACUGCCCGGCGUCUGGACACCGCAAGACCUGGAGAGCCGAGAUGACCAGCUCACGCCGGGAUCGCGUGAAGGGCGACGUCUCUCACCGUACAAGGUGAAGAUGGAGCACCAGCGGGCCGUAUUAAGUGCGCAGCUCCGACUAGCUGGGGAAAUGGGACGGGCGGUUUCCGUGCACAGCGUACAAGCGCACGGAGCAGUCCUAGAUUCAUUGAAGGAGCUGUGGGCGGGGCAUGAACGGGUCGUCAUGUCACGACGGGAAAGAGAAAGACAGCAGGAUGCAGAGGGAGCUCUUUCCGACGACGAAAAAGUGAAGGGUGCGAAGGAGCGUAAACCUAGUAAAGCCUCGAGCCCAUUUCCCCCACGCAUCUGUAUGCAUUCCUACUCCGGGCCCGUGGAGCCGAUUCGCCAGUUCCUGAACAAGUCGAAUCCGUCCGAUGUCUAUUUCUCGUUUUCCGUGGCGAUCAACUUCAGCGGGGCGCAGGCGAAGAAGGCCUGUGAUGUGAUCAAGGCGUUGCCGGAUGAUCGGAUUCUGGUCGAGAGUGACUUGCAUGUUGCGGGGCCGCAGAUGGAUCAAUUGCUGGAGGAAGUGACGCGGCAGAUCUGUGAUUUACGAGGGUGGGAAUUACGGCAUGGCGUACAGCAGCUUGCUGAUAAUUGGAAGCGUUUUGUCUUUGGCUGA